AGCUUGCUGCUGAUUGCAUCAUUUGUGGGUAGACUUGCAAAUUGCAAUGGAUAAUGAUGUUAGUUGCAAGCAUGAUGAGCAGAUGGUUUAUAUUGGCCAACGUUAUAAGUCAGAUGAGCUUUUGGUUUCUAGUCAUCAUUCAUCAGCAUUUCACUUAUGUUUGUUGAACCCUAAACGGUUAAGUACGGUAUUCAGAUUCUGCAUGUUGUAUCGCUAAUCGUUAUGCAGUCUAUGCUACUUGUUUGACAUUUUUGAACCUUGAUAAUUAAUCUCUUUUGUAGAUUAUUGAUCCUGCAGAGGCUAUUCUUUUAAUUUAUCAGGUGCAAGACUUUGUGUUUGGCAUCUGAUUGUUUAAAAUUAUGUAAGUGGAACAGCUUUUUAGAUGCUGUAACACCAAAGGCUAUUUUCCAGCUCUUGAAUCAGGUAAUUCUUUUGACAUGUGAUUUAUCAGAUGCUGUAAUCAUUAGUGAAACCUGUAAUGUAUCUCUCAAUGGGCUUGAUUAGUUAAUCAUUGGGUAAACACAAUCUCUCAAGUAGUAUAGCAUAUUGGGAUUAUGAAUUUGUAUUCACAUAGGUGGUUAGCUUCUCUGUAAUCCUCUUGGUGUUUUUCUGCAUAAUUGUCGUUUCAACUAGUUGAACAUUGUGCCAUUAUUGUAGUUUUACAUUUCUGAUAUUUGUUAAUUCGAUUAUGCAAUAUUGGUAUAUAUGAUUUACCCUUCUUGGUGGAUACAGUGACAUAAUUUACUUUUCAUCAAACUAUUGAAGCUCUUUCAGUUGUUCCAUAACCCGAGCUGGCAUUGAGGUUUUUCAGUCUAUUAUUACUUCUUUGAUAAAUGGUGGAAAAUUUAUAGAUGAACGCGUUGUUCACUCCAUUCUUCCUGGUUUCUUAUUUAUGUAAAUUUUUCGUUAUAACCAGGCAGCUAAUGACUGUGAGCUCGAGCCAAUUGCGGUAAUCAAUUACUCUCUCGAUCAGUCCCUUCAACUUAAUUCUCUGAAUCAACAAUUCAUUGAGAUUGGUUCCUUAGUCCCCUUACCGCUGAAGAUUUUUUUUCUCUUGCAAAUCAGGAUUCGAAGGCUCAGGUGACUGCUAUACAUCUAAUUGAUGGAACUCCCCAGAGGAUGCUAGUAUUCGGAAUUGAGAACAGGGAUACAUUAACGCACCAGGCCUCUGGAGUAAGAACCCUCAACUCUUUCCUUCUCAGUAACUUGUUUUAUUAUACUAACAAACCCCGUGAAUAACUUGGCUCUUCUUUCUUUUUGCAUGUAUUCUGCAAAGCUUUUGAAGAAGCCUGACCAAUGUUGAGCAGUUUAUGCCUGCUCCCACCUCUUUUGGGUCGAUGACCAGGCCUGGAAUCAAGGAUGGAGAGAGGUACCUCUACUUUUUCGAGAAGGGCAAUCCGCAGAUCACAAGCAAUAUGAUCCAGGAUCUGGUUGAACUAAUAACCGAAGAGAUGCAAAGUGACUCUGUUACUGCAGAUCCAGCUUCCGAUGCUUUCUUCGCCAGCACACUCCAGUACAUCCGGUCCCAGAAACAGAAAGGUGUUAGUAUAGUUUGAUGUAUCUCAGGGAAAGGAGGGUGUGAUUAUGAAUUUCAUAAAGAGCUCCAGGUAUCAAGGUAUCAGGUGAGGAAGCGCAUAGAGCUUCUGUCCAGAACUUGUAAAAGAGGGAAGAUAUCUCAUGGGUAUUUUCUUUUGGCUUUGAAGAGUAGACCAUUAGGUUCUUUCCUUUGGUUUUGAAGAGUAGAUCACUAGGUUCUUUUACUGCUACCAUGUUUCUUUGGAUGAUUCUUGGAUAUUUAUGGUAAUUAACAUUUAGCUAUGUAAAUAAUAUUAUAUAUUGAAUCAUGAAUCAUGGUAUGUAUGAUGUAAUAUAUAUACAAAAGUUUGCCAGCAACAAGUUUGGUUGUGAGUUUUCCUAUAGUAACCAGAGUAUUUGUAACCAACUUAUAGAAUCCUGUGUUAGGGUCUUCUUAGUGACCAUACUGAGUUGGUUGCAAAUCAAUUAGUCACGAAUAAAGCAAGGGUUUUAACCCUUUCUAGUGUUUGCAACAAUUUUGAAUUCUUACAGGUCUCUCUUUAGUGACCAUAAUAAGCUCGUUGCAAAAUUAAUUAGUCACGAAUUAAGCAAGGGUUUGAACCCUUGCUAGUUUUAGCAACAAAUUUUCCAAGGGUUCAAACCCAUGAUACAGACAUAUCUCUAUUGGAUUUUACAUUUCAGUGUAGCAAGGGUUGUAACCCUUGGUAUAUAUAGCAGGAGUUAAAACCCCUGCUACAACCCUUAGAGGGGACUUCCACCGUGGGUUGCUAAAAACCCUUGCUACGUGUAGCAGGGGCAGCAUAGGUGAGGGUUCGUCCAUGGAUUGGGAAAACCCCUGCUACAACUUGUAGCAGGGGUUAUAACCCUUGCUAUAGGUAAAAAAACCCUUGCCAUAGCCCUGUUUUUUUGUAGUGAGCGUUUGGGUCCACCAACUAGGCGAUGCGUAAGUGUAUGUCGCAUGCAUAAUAUAAUAGUGGUGGAAGUGCAUAACACGUCCAAACACAUGCAAAUGCAAGAACAAACUUUCUCCAGCCGCCUGUGGAAAACUAUGACUAGCUAGGCCCGGCGAGUAAACUAAAAGACGAAAAUAGAAAAACUAGCUUGGACUUAACGAUGGAUAGUUCAGGUUCAGCCGGCGGCUUAUAGAGGGUAGCCAAAAUUGACAACAUCAAUAUAAGAAGAGUUUUACUAAUUAGCAAUGAUUCAGUUCAAACCGGACCGAACCAAACCUUAAGAAACGUUGUCCAAAAGUUAAAAAAAAAAUAAUAGGACCAAAGAUCAGACCGACAUUGCAUUUGGUCUAAUGUCGUCUUGUCCAAAUAUCAAUCUUGCUUGUUUUCCUUCAAAAUUGAUAAAAUUCAUAGGACGAUGAACCAUAUCACAUUAUAUAUAUUUGGUCGGUUUGAUCUGUCUCGAUGUCCGUUUGGUCUGGUGCGGUCUGCUUUGAAACAAACGGUUGCAUAUCCUACCAUAUUGGUUUGGCUUUGGUUAAGUUUUGUUGGCCAAAAAAGAAAAGAUGACCAAAAUUUUUAUCUGCUUUUUAGUCGGGUGAAAAUUGUAGCUAUAAAAGUUUAUUUUGUCAUUAAAAAAAAUACAUUCAUCUAUCUUUCAAGCAUUUAAUAUUUAUAAGAUAUAUUUAAUAAUUAUUAAAACUGUGAUGAUAAAAUUAGUACCCCGAGCAUAUUAGGCUGCGACAACCGCACUCUUACAAAAAGAUUUUUGUGUCAAGGAAUAUUGAUUGGUCGAUCAGCCAAAUAACAAAAGAAUACAGCACAUGUUUGUGUUUGUUAGAGCUCAAAUUCCACCUUAUUAAUUAAAAGAGAAUUGUUAGCUAGGCUUCUUCAAUAAACUUUUUCCCAUUAA